GGAGCGCGGGAGGCCAAUGAGCGCGCGGGGGCGGGGCUGGGGGCGCCGUCGGGGGCUGCGGAGCAGCGAGACCCUCGGCCGGGAUGGCGGCCGCGCGCGGGGCCUGGGCCGCGAGGCGGCGCGUGGCGCUGGGGCUGCCGCGGAGAGCCGGUGCCCCCUGGAUCCCCUCGGCCGCCGCCGCCUUCUCCUCCUCCUCGGUGCCUACAACGAAACUCUUCAUUGAUGGGAAGUUUGUUGAGUCCAAAACUACUGAAUGGAUUGAUAUCCACAACCCAGCCACAAAUGAAGUGGUUGGCCGUGUACCGAAAGCCACAGCCAGUGAGAUGGAGGCAGCCGUGGCUUCUUGCAAAAAGGCUUUUUGGGACUGGUCAGAAACAUCUGUUUUGAGUCGCCAGCAAAUCUUCCUGCGCUAUCAACAACUCAUCAAAGACAAUCUGAAAGAAAUUUCAAAAAUCAUCACCUUUGAGCAAGGGAAGACCCUGGCUGAUGCUGAGGGAGAUGUGUUCCGAGGCCUCCAGGUGGUUGAACAUGCUUGCAGUGUGACAUCCCUCAUACUGGGAGAGACCAUGCCCUCCAUCACUAAAGACAUGGACACUUAUACCUACCGCCUGCCUCUCGGUGUGUGUGCUGGAAUUGCACCGUUCAAUUUUCCCGCCAUGAUUCCUCUUUGGAUGUUCCCCAUGGCUAUGGUUUGUGGAAACACCUUUUUGAUGAAACCGUCUGAGCGUGUACCAGGAGCACUCAUGUUCCUUGCCAAGCUGUUUCAGGAUGCUGGUGCCCCUGAUGGGACCCUGAAUAUCAUCCAUGGACAACACGAAGCUGUGAAUUUCAUUUGUGACCAUCCGGAUAUCAGAGCAAUCAGCUUUGUGGGAUCUAAUCAGGCUGGCGAGUACAUCUAUGAGAGAGGAUCCCGGCAUGGCAAGAGAGUCCAAGCCAACAUGGGAGCAAAGAACCAUGGUGUGGUGAUGCCUGAUGCAAAUAAAGAGAACACCUUGAACCAGCUGGUUGGAGCUGCUUUUGGAGCAGCUGGUCAACGCUGCAUGGCCCUGUCUACAGCAAUUCUAGUGGGAGAAGCUCAGAAAUGGUUGCCAGAGCUUGUGGACAGAGCCAAAAAUCUGCGUGUAAAUGCAGGAGACCAGCCUGGAACAGAUCUUGGGCCUCUAAUCAGUCCCCAAGCUAAGGAACGGGUUUGCGAUCUGAUUGAGAAAGGAGUAAAAGAAGGUGCCAGCCUUCUUCUGGAUGGACGUAAUAUCAAAGUGAAGGGCUAUGAAGGUGGCAAUUUUGUUGGACCAACAAUCCUUGCCAAAGUCAAGCCAAACAUGACUUGCUACAAGGAGGAAAUCUUUGGUCCUGUCUUAGUGGUUCUGGAAGCAGACACUUUGGAUGAUGCCAUUAAGAUGGUGAACAGUAAUCCCUAUGGAAAUGGAACUGCGAUCUUCACCACCAAUGGAGCCACAGCUCGGAAAUACUCUCACUUAGUAGAUGUGGGGCAGGUGGGUGUCAACGUUCCAAUCCCAGUACCUCUGCCCAUGUUCUCUUUCACCGGCUCUCGUGCUUCUUUCAGAGGAGACACCAAUUUCUAUGGCAAGCAGGGAGUGCAGUUCUACACACAGCUGAAAACUAUCAUUUCUCAAUGGAAAGAGGAAGAUGCCACUGUUACCAAGCCUGCAGUAGUUAUGCCAACUAUGGGAAACUAAAAGAGCCUUUACAAGAUGCUGUUCGUGAUACCCUUCUUCUAUGCUGCACUUUCCAGCUUUGUCCUGACUAUAGUUUCCUUGGGAAUUAAAAGCAAGCUCCAUUUCUCUCAAGGGCCUCUGUUUCUGAGCAAAUCAGGCAGGCUCAUGUAAUGCACAGUCUGAAUUUUCUAUUGCUCUUUUUUGGCUAGCUAAACUCAAGUCGUUUCCUAUAACCACUCGCAGAGGAAACAGCCUUAUCUAAUUGAAAGGGAAGAUAGUGACAUUGAUCUUAAUUUGUAUUUCUUUCCAGACUGAACUUGAACACUACACUGGGUUCCACUUUAGUAUCUAGACUUAGUGACUCACUCCUGGCUACAUCUUGUAGCAGUUUUCUUUACCUCUUUAUCUUACAUGUUAAGAUGUUUGAGUUCACUUUACUCAACGAUGAGUACUCAUUUUGAGUGACAUAAGCGGGACACCUUGGGUGUCUCAUAGAAGUGACUUUACAUAUACAAGAAAGACAAGAAGUUUGAGAGUUUAAAAUCUCAGUUUUUUAUCUGUUAGGCAAUUUCCAAAACACUUGGGAAGUAGCUUUUAAAGGAUUUUUCGGGAAAGCAUAUUUGAUUGCUUGUUUGAGAAGGAAAGAACCCCUGUAUGGUACAGUGACCUUCGCUGUGCCUCUGACAGCUUGAAAACUUCUGUUCCUGUUGUGUCUGUGGCUUGUGUUCUCCAGCUUGCUAUCAAUUCCAUUACACCUGAGAGUAAUUUGGUGCUGCUUUACUGUGCUAAGAGGUGUGUGCCUAUAAUGACACUGUGGAAGCAGAAGCACGUAUAUGUUAUCUUCACGUCACAGCAUCAUUUGGAUCUGGGUGUAAGGGAGAAUAAGUGGACAGGUCAGCAGGAAGAAAGAACAUGGGUUUUGAUCACAAAGCAGCAGGCCUGUUCUGUUGGUUUAUUUGCCUGACUGGAGCUGUAUUUCUUGAUUGAUUGACUCCUUGUCACAUUUGCUCUAAUCAUGUUCUCUAGGGACUGUGGGUCCCGUUGCUAGAGAAAGGUAAGAGUUCACAUACCCUGUUUUUGAGAAUAUCUGCAUUUGGAGCUGGGGAGCCUGUAUUUUUAUUCCUGGUUCCAGGAAGAUGAUGCAGCUGUGAGGGAUCUGCAGGGAUCUCCUUCAAGUACCCAUGGAAAACAAUGAUUGUAACUGUUACUUGUUCCGAUCAAACAAUCUGAAUGUGAACACUGUGUAUCCUGCCUUCUGGUGAAGAUGCCCUGUAACUUACAGUUAUGUACCAGUGCAAUUGCUGUGGAUUCACUAAUGUUUGUACUUUAUUUUUUUCCCCUGCUAUACCCAGAGGGAAAUUCUCACCUUGCAAUUUUACUACAAAUUAAAAACAUGCUAAUAUA